AUGGCUAUCUUCUCAGAUAUGAUUGAGAAAUUCAUCGAGGUCUUCAUGGAUGAUUUCUCAGUGUUCGGGUCUUCAUUUGAUGAGUAUUUGGAGCAUUUGAGUCUUGAAGGCAUCGUGCUAGGACACAGAAUCUCAGCAAAGGGUAUUGAAGUGGACAGAGCAAAGAUUCAGGUGAUCGAGAAAUUACCGCCACCUACAUCCGUGAAAGGUGUUCGUAGUUUCAUCGGGCAUGCCGAUUUCUACAGAAGGUUCAUCAAGGAUUUCUCAAAAAUUACUAAACUGUUGUGCUGUCUGUUGAUGAAGGAAUCCACAUUUGAGUUCACAGAUGAGUGUUUGCUCGCUUUUAACACCUUGAAGGAGAAGUUGAUUUCAGCACCCGUGAUCAUUACACUAGAUUGGAAUCUGCCAUUUGAAUUAAUGUGCAACGCUGAUUAUACUGUUGGGGCUGUCUUGGGACAACGAAAAAAUAAGAUAUUUGACGUGAUUUACUAUGCAAAGUUUGACUUGGAAAUCAGGGAUAAGAAAGGCAAUGAAAAUGUAGUGGCAGACCACUUAUCUCGACUCAAGGCCACAGAACAGACAGAAACAGUGAAAAUCAACGAAGUCUUCCCAGAUAAACAGAUUUUUGGUUUGGGGGAGGCACCCUGGUAUGCAGAUAUCGUUAACUACUUAGCCAGGAGAAAUGAAGUGCCUUUGAAUAGUAUCUUGGAGGUGGAACUAUUCGACAUCUGGGGGAUCGACUUCAUGGGGCCAUUUUCCCCAUCCUUCUCUAAUCAGUACAUAUUAGUGGCUAUGGAUUACGUAUCAAAGUGGGUAGUGGUCGUUGCACUGCCUACCAAUGAUGGGAAGGUGGUGAUUGAGUUUCUCAAAAAACAUAUUUUUACUCGCUUUGGAACACCGAGGGCUAUAAUCAGUGACGGGGGCAAACAUUUCUGCAAUCGUCAGUUCGAACAAUUGUUGGCUAAAUAUGGCGUUAAACAUCAUGUAGCCACUGCAUAUCAUCCCCAAAUCAGCGGACAGGUCGAAGUGUCCAAUAGACAAUUGAAGUGA